GCAGCGUGCCUUUCUGAGAAGACAGUGAGGGGGGUACCAGGAACAGGGGGCCAGAGUGGCCCUGAACCCUGCUUUCUCCCCUGAACGUCACAGAUGAAGACUUCCAGGGUUCUGUGCCAGGUUGAGAGUAAACCUUUGGUUCAAGUCCAGAAGCUACCUUCCAAGAUCAAGACUCUCAAGAUGACCCAAUUUUUCCGUAAGAAUACAAACACCAGUGUUACUUCAUUCCCUUUUGUACAUCCCAAACAGAAGAAGAACAUCGUUAAAUUCCCUCACAUCAGCAAUAAAUUCCAGCUCAAGCCACCCCUACUAUAUCAGGAAACUUACAGACAGAUGUCGGCCUCUGGGUUUAAGGCUUCAGAAAUAGCUCUCCCCUUGAAUGUUAAAACUCAAGAUCCUGAGUCAGAGGAGAAAACACCAAGGAAGCAUAAGAUGCCUCUGACAUCGGCAGAGGCCCUCAAGUUUUUUAAGAAUCGACUCUCUUAUUAUGAGCAAAGCGAAAUCCUGGGCUACACAGAGCUGUGGUUUCUGGGGCUCGAAGCUGAGAAGCUGCACAUGGCGCCUGAGAGCUUCAACAAGACAAGUUUCGAUGAUGAACACGGCUCCUAUAUGAAGGUUCUGCACGACCACAUUGCCUACCGCUACGAGGUGCUGGAAAUGAUUGGGAAAGGGUCCUUUGGGCAGGUGGCCAAGUGCAUGGAUCACAAAAACAAUGAGUUGGUGGCCUUGAAAAUCAUCAGGAACAAGAAGAGAUUCCACCACCAGGCCCUGGUGGAGCUGAAGAUCCUGGAAGCCCUCAGGAGGAAGGACAAAGACAACUCCUACAAUGUGGUACACAUGAAGGACUUUUUCUACUUCCGCAAUCACCUCUGCAUCACCUUUGAACUCCUGGGAAUCAAUCUGUACGAGUUGAUGAAGAAUAAUAGCUUUCAAGGUUUCAGUCUGUCCAUAAUCCGGCGCUUUACUCUCUGUGUUUUGAAAUGUUUGCAGAUGCUUUCUGUUGAGAAAAUCAUUCACUGUGAUCUCAAGCCUGAGAACAUAGUGUUAUACAAAAAGGGCCAAGUCUCUGUUAAAGUUAUUGACUUUGGAUCAAGCUGCUAUGAAGAUCAGAAAGUGUACACCUACAUCCAGAGCCGGUUCUACCGAUCCCCGGAGGUCAUUCUCGGCCACCCCUACAACAUGGCCAUUGACAUGUGGAGUCUGGGCUGCAUCAUGGCCGAGCUAUACACCGGCUUCCCUCUCUUCCCUGGGGAGAAUGAGGUGGAGCAGUUGGCCUGCAUCAUGGAGGUGCUGGGCCUGCCACCAACCCACUUCAUUCAGACAGCUUCCAGGAGACAGAAAUUCUUUGAUUCCAAAGGUGUUCCUAAAAAUAUAACCAACAACAGGGGGAAAAAAAGAUACCCGGAUUCCAAGGAUCUCACGAUGGUGCUGAAAACCUAUGACAGCAGCUUCCUGGACUUUCUCAGAAGGUGUUUGGUGUGGGAACCUUCUCUCCGCAUGACCCCGGACCAAGCCCUUAAACAUGCUUGGAUUCAUGAGCCACGGACCCUCAAGCCACGACCUAGGCCCCAAAUCCUGAGAAAAUCCAGCCUUUAUUUCCCUUCUGAGUCAAAGAAGGAUAAAAAAGAUGUGAUCAAUAUAGAAGAGACUACCACUAACGUAAAAGAUGAUAGCCCCAAGCAUGGUGACCAACAAGGCUCUCUUCAAUGCACAGCGGAAGCUGUCCAGCUGCCUCAUCUGGUAGAAGCUUCCAGAAAGCCAGAGGCAGCCAUCAGGCCAGAGGAGUCCAAGCCCCCCACAGAUCAAUAAGGCAAGAGCUCCUCCUCCAGGAACUCAAACACUUUACCACUUCUUGUAUGACCUUUGAUGAGGGUGUGUCCUCUUUCUUUCCACCAAUGAUUUGUAUUAGAGACAGCACUUAUAUUGUACCAUAGUUCAGAUUGUUGUUUUUUAAUUCAUAAAGGCUUGUUUUAAAAAAACCUCUUCACAUGGCCAGUUGGCAUGAUUCCUCUUAGAUGAGGGAUAAGAGGGUAUCCUUCACUCCCUCCUCAUACCUCCCACCAGAUAAAACAUGGGUGUAUGUUUGGUGGGGGCUGUUUUCAACCAUUCAAUGUUAAAAUAUUAC